CCAAAUUAUAAACAAAUUGAACAGAAAUUAACAAAAAUUAAGCAAACACCGUGAACUAAUGCUAAAGUGGCGAUCAGUGUGCCAAAGAGAGAGAGCGCUACAAUAAUGAGAGUGUGAGGGAGAGCGUAAAACAGAGUGAACUAAUACAGAAAUCGAAAUCGGACGUGCAACAAGUGUAAAGUAUUUAAAAAAAAGAAACAAAAAAUGUUUAACUAUGCCAUAAGGCCACCUGGCCGGAGGUAGUGGCCAGAUUAAUAUACUAAAGUGGAUGAUUAAAAUAAAACAAGGAGCACAAUAAACUCUCUUGUCUAUUCUUUGCGUCGUCGUUGUCGUCUGCACACGUAACCUUGUGGGCGCGUAGCACGGAAGCUGGCUGUCUGGCUUGGGCUUGGGCUUGUGUGGCAUACACAUUGUGUGCUCUUGCCGUUUGCCUUUUGUAUGUAUGUGCAGACGUCGAUUCAACUAAGGAAUUUAAUUCAUCCCCAUCAGAGAGAGAGUAAGAGAUAGAGAGAGCAAGAACGAGAGACGUCGGGUACGUCAAAAUACGGAGAAUAUGGAACAGUCUGCACCAGGAGCUGGACCUGGCAGUGGUGAUAGUAGUAGUGGAUCUGUGGCUAACGAACAGCCACAGACAAAGAGGCAAAAAAUUGAUAAGCAAUUGAAGACGCCACAACCACCGCCACCGGAUAUACUCGAUAGCAAUGGGAAUACGAAUCAUAAUAAAAAUCAUCAUUUAUGCUCAUCUCUAUCCUCAUCCUCCACCCAUUCGCUCUCAUUGCCGAGCAGCUCGAAUAAUUCACCAACCACAACGCCGUGCAGUUCGAGAGCCACUUCCUAUGCCCAGCUGGAGGCGGUUGAUGCUGCCACAGGUGCCGCAGGCACCAAGGAUGAAGUUGAUCGUGCCGCCAAAUUGCCAGACUUACUGACCACGAACACCACAAAUAGUUUAAGUAGUUUAAGUAAUAAUUUAAGUAAAUCGCCUCCAGUUCCAGCCGAUGAAAUGUUAGAGUUCGAGCAAUCCCUCACCCGGCAGUGCCUGUGUGGUGUGUCAGAGCGCACGCUUCGCAAACCCUUUCAGUCCCAUUACUCACACGACUCCAAUGGUCAGAAACGGAUAGCCAAUCUGCGGGAGUGGCCCACCAACAAGCUCCUGCAAUUCCUUUCUAAUCUGCAGCUCCUCUUCGAUAUAUAUCUAAAGCAAAACUCAAAGGGAUUCAUUUGUACACGCAUCAUGGAUGUCUGCGAUGCUCUGAUACGCAACGAUCACAAACUGAUCGAUGAGAUCAUUGUCCUGGCCGGCUAUAAUAAUUCCUAUGUGCAAUUUCUGGCAGGACGUGUGCUAGCCGCAUUUCUGGUGAUUGCCAAACAGGAACUGAAUGAUGAGUGGCUACAAAAGAUUAUUGAUCAGCUGUUUAAUUUUGACCAGCUGGAUCAAUCGGCCGUACAAAAGAUUCACUUUAGUCUGGACAUUAUUAAGAGAAUUGUGGAAUGGAAGGAUAUUGAGUUGCAUCCCCUUGAAGACGAAUGGACGGCGACGACGACGACGACAACGGGGUCAACGACAGCAGUGGCGUCAACAGCUGAAGCGUCUGUGAGCUAUAUGCAUUUUCCAGUGCAGGAUCAACCGCUGGCCACAAACUAUUUCGCGCUACAGUUUCGCGAAGAGGGAUCUGAAGAUAUUGAACCGUCUGAGGAGGAGCACAGAGAGCGGGAAAGGGAAAGACCCAGACGCUCGCUGUACCAUGAGGAACAACAGCAAACUACACACUCCACCGCCUCGCAUCCGAACGCCACUGGCUGUCAUGUGGUGACCCUCACCGAUUCGGAAAGCUUCGAUACAACGCACCUGAAAUGUAUUACCAUUCAAAAGUUAGAGCACAAAUGGCCCACCCUGGUAAAGAAUAUGUCGGAGCUGAUGUCACCAGCCGCUACUGUUGCCACCACGGGGAAUCAUCAGUAUGCAGCCGAGCAUUGUGUGCUCAAUUUUCUGCAGCUGUGGGAGAACAUCAUUUCCGUGAAGGCAAAUUUGUCCAUCGAUGAGACACGACCAUUCUAUGCCCAGUUGGAUAAAUUUGAGCUAUUGCUCAAUCACAAUCUAUCGUGCACCGUUUACAAGCAAAUGCUGUGCCUAUUCAACGAGGCUCUCUGCUAUGGCUCCACACUAGCGCUGCAGGACAUGCUGCCCGAGGAGACAUGCAAACUGGCCCAUCAGAUUGUCUGCCAUGUACGUGGAUUUCGUAUAUUCGAGUCGUUGCCGCGCCGGCAGCCGGACAAUAUGGUCAGUCUAUUGGGCUAUCAUGGUAGACCACUGAACUAUCCCAUCAAUGGCCUAGUGGGACAAUUGUCCAACCAUUCGGAUGCCCUUCAGAUGCAAGAGGGCACAAAUGCUGUGCCACCGGCUGUCGAAAUGGACAAAACCCUGUUACAAAAAAUGGUCCUAUUGGUGCUCAAAUCGAUAGCCGUUACCGUCAAGGAGAUACGCAGUGAUUCCUCCGAUUCUUCCAUAGAUUCCACUGACUAUGAUAUUCAGGAUAUGCUUCUAAUCGAGAGAUCCAUACGCGAUGUGUUAAGCAAACUGGAGACGUUCAUUAAGCAAACUUUGGAAUUUCAUCCAGAGUGUCAUUUCAGUAAGAUUCUGAUACAUUUAUUUGACGAUCAGGAUGAUCAUUUAAUUGAGGCCAUGGUGUGCACUCUGGAUGUGACAUCGGGCCUAUCGUUUCGUAAUAAUGCUUUCCACGAACUGGUGGCCAUGCUGAAUCCAGUAUAUACAUUCCUCGAAUUUCUUAAAAUGAUAUCGAAUAGCUCCGAUUUAUUGUUGGAUUUGCUUGUCAGCAAUGAGACCUGUUUCCUGCUCUAUCUGUUGCGUUUGCUCAAAUACAUACGCAUGAAUUGGACAAGUUUUGUGCACAGCUGUCACAGCUUUGGAAUGGGAAAUGCCAUGCUGGAUGAGGCCAUGGGUGUUCUUAUACGGCUGCGUCUACAAAUAUCCCGCCUGGUUUCACGUCAAUUAUAUCCGUAUGACAUAUCGCCGGUGCUGCGACUUCUCGAGAGUUGUGAAAGUCUCUACGAGGGCAACGAGCUUAGUUAAAUAUAUAUAAUUAAUGAAUUGUCUAUUCCCGUUUAAUUUUUACAAAUUUUGUUUUUUUUUUUUUUGUAAUAUGUAAUGUGUGUGCUCUUUAAAAUACGUAAUUUAUUUUAAUUUAAUAUGGAAAUAGCCGAAACUAGCACAAAAUCUGAUAAAAAGCCUUAAACUAUAUAUAUUUUCAAAUAUAUAUGUAUGUAGAUUCUAUAUAGAUUAGAUCUAUGAUCGAUUCCAUUUUACCAUUCACUAACUUACUCACUCACUCACUCACCAAUCGUGCCGAUGCUGAUGCCUUUUUUUACUCGUACAUAAACAAAUUUGUAUGUAAUUUCUUAGUAGGUACUGAAUUCCAAAACAAGAAAGUAAAUUUUAGUCUAGAAUUGUUUUUAAAUCUCUUGCCCUUAAGUAGGAUAAUCGCUCAUUUGGUGCAAUUUUUAUAAACAAAAAAGAAAAAAAAAAAACAGAAUGAAACUUGAGAGAUUUGUGUAUAAAUUGUGUCUUAAAACUAAUUGCCAGGGCGUAAAUAGAAAUGUAUUUUUUACUUGAACAUGAAUAAUAUAUAUAUAUAUAAAAAACUGCUUAAUUAA